GUGCAGGGGCGGCAGGGUCAGCGCAGCCCGGGGAACGCCCGACCCCAGCCCCUCUGUCCCCUGUCCCGCCGACCCACGCUUCCCGGGAGGCGGGGUUCUGCCCUCGGCGCAGGGCACGGCGGGGCCGAGGCCGGGAUAGCGGGAUACGGGUGCGGGGUCUCCUUGGCUAGCCCAAGGCGCGCGCGGCUGCGUUGGGGUGCUUGAGCCUCCGUCGGUUCCCCAGGCCGGCGCCUGCUGUCGUUAGGGACCCGGGGCUUAGCGUCCUCCAACCCCGAGAGGCAGGUGGCUGGGCGGGCCCCGCCGCUUCUGCCACUUCUGCUUUUUGAGCAUUUUGCACGCAGCUGAAAGCCGGGGCCGCGCGGGGACGGAGAGCAGCUGGGGAGGGCGGGCGGCCCCCCUUAUCCCGGGCUUCCACGCCCUUUGUUCCCAGGUGUCUGGCGCCCGGAGCCCUAGAGCCGCCGAGGACAGAGACCGCUCCGUGCACCCGCCGGCCCGGAGGACCGCAAGUAGCCGCUCCUUCUGAUGACAAGAGAAGGGAGAUAUGGACUACAGUCAUCCAGCUGCCCUCGUCCCGUGCGGACAGGACAAAUACAUUUCCAAGAAUGAACUUCUCUUGCAUCUGAAGACCUAUAACUUGUACUAUGAAGGCCAGAAUCUGCAGCUGCGACACCGUGAGGAGGAGGACGAGUUCAUCGUGGAGGGGCUGCUGAACAUCUCCUGGGGGCUGCGCCGGCCCAUCCGCCUCCAGAUGCAGGACGACCACGAGCGCAUCCGCCCGCCCCCCUCCUCCUCUUCCUGGCACUCGGGCUGCAACUUAGGGGCACAGGGGGCCAUCCUGAAGCCCCUCACCAUGCCCGACAUUCAGAUCUCGGAGGUGGACGCCCCGGCAGAGAGUGAGGAGAAGCCGAGUCCUGCAGACUCCAGGGGCCUGAAGCCUGUACAGGAAGACACCCCACAGCUGAUGCGCACACGGAGUGACGUCGGGGUGCGUCGCCGCGGCAACCUGAGGACUCCCAGUGACCAGCGGCGAAUCAGACGCCACCGCUUCUCCAUCAACGGCCAUUACUACAACCACAAGACGUCCGUGUUCACGCCGGCCUACGGCUCCGUCACCAACGUCCGCAUCAACAGCACCAUGAGCACGCCGCAGGUCCUCAAGCUGCUGCUCAACAAAUUCAAGAUCGAGAAUUCGGCAGAGGAAUUCGCCUUGUACGUGGUCCACACCAGUGGUGAGAAACAGAAGCUGAAGAACACCGACUACCCGCUGAUCGCCCGGAUCCUGCAGGGCCCCUGUGAGCAGGUCUCCAAGGUCUUCCUCAUGGAGAAGGACCAGGUGGAAGAAGUUACCUAUGACGUGGCGCAGUACAUUAAGUUUGAGAUGCCCGUGCUUAAGAGCUUCAUUCAGAAGCUCCAGGAGGAAGAAGACCGGGAAGUUAAGAAGCUGAUGCGCAAGUACACCGUGCUCCGGCUGAUGAUUCGGCAGAGGCUGGAGGAGAUAGCAGAGACCCCCGAAACCAUCUGAGCCGACGGCAGGAGGGGAUCCAGGACCACUGGGGCCAUCUCUGCUAGGAGAAAACCCACAGGACGCCGGGGGCACUGCCCUUCCCGCACAAAUGACUCCAGCUCCCUGCUUACCUCGAAGGGAAAACCCAGCAAAGCUCGGCCCACCCUGGGGUCCCGCCCUCCUUCUCUGCACUUACAAGGACUUUACAAGGACUUCGAUUUUUGUUAUAAGGAGAACCUGAAAUGUGUGUGUCUGUGUGUAUGUGAGCAUGCGUGUGUGUGAGUGCGUGUGCAUGCGUGUGGGCUGCACACAUAUGUACACACAUGUGCACAGCUCAUGUCUGAGUGUCCAUCUGAUGUUUUCACGAUGAUGGAAUUCCAAGUAACACAGCACCAAGGCUGCUUCCCAGAGCCAUCGCCGAUCUGUGGGAGUUCAGCUGAGGUGAUUGCAUCCUUCCCUUGAGUGCCAGGGAGCAGCCCCCCGUGUCUCGACAGCUCACCUUUCAAAGGCAGAGAUACCUCGCCCCCCACCCCACGCCCCCCACCCCCACCAGGCCAGCAGGACCGGUCAGUGGGGGAUGCUGGGAAAGGAACUCGAGGGCUGCCCAGGCCUUUGGAGCCAGAGGCAGGGUCUGAGGCUCCUGCACCGGAGACUUGGUUUCACCGAAGACAAGGGCAUGUGAUGCCCUGUGUGGGGAUGACAUAUCCAGUCAGUCACCCGUGGGCCAUCUCUGGGGGACAGUUGGGAUCCAGAAGUUUGGCUCUGAGGGUCCAGCUGGGACCCCAAUUCCGGUUCCCUGAGCAGGCCGUCCAGGCCUCCCCAUGACUCGGGCUGGCUCGUGACCUUGUUCUUGCUGGUGGUCAAGAGGUCACCCCACUUACAGACCAUGGGGCGCCCGCAGACAUGGAGGGAGCCAGGUGCCUGGGUCCACACCCCAACCCAGCUUGGAGACGAUGUGCCUGAACUAGGACCCCUCUUGCCAGGGAGCGAGUAUGGGGUUCAGAGGGGCUGCCCUGGGCAGGGGCAGAGAAAGGGUGGAGCUAUGAGGCCUCUGCUUCCCGGGGUGACCUUUACAAGCAACCCCAACGUGGGGGCAGAAAGUCUGUUUCGGGGAGGCCAGACAGCUGGGCGCCCAGGUGCUGUGACCCAUGGGAGAAGACCCAAGGUCAGAAGCAGGGUGCCGGGAGGGAGCUAAGCAAGCCAGAGGGUCAUCUCUGAGCCUCGGGAACUGGGCAGAUGAAGAGAGGGGCCUGCAAAGGGCUGUCCCCGCCCCCAAGGCCCUGUGGAUGGCUCACAGCAGGCGGCCAGCUGCCACCUGCUGUUCAGCCAAGCCUCUCCCCCUCCUCCCUUGAUAGGCAGUGCCAGAAGCCCUGGGGUGUGGGCUGGAAAUCCAGAGGCCUCUGCACCUUGGAGGGUUUCCGCCCACCGUGCAGGAGUCAAAAGUGUGCCAAGAGCCUUCCUUCCUUUGUGAGGGCCCGGAAGGGGCUCCUUGGUGAAGGCGCUUCCGCAGUUUGAGAAAAUGACUGGGCAAGCAGCAAGCCGUUUGCAUUCUGAAUGUCCAGGGCCUUCACAGGAGGGUCAGGAGGGAGGCUCACCUUUCUCCUUGCUGGGGGGCAGGGGAUUUCCGGGAAGCACAAACUGCUAAAUCAUUGGCCGAGUCGUUCGUGAUGGACCACUCGCCCUGGGCACCGGACCCCUCUGUCGGGCAUAGGGUGGUGUGGACUCUGGGGAGGGGACAGUGUCAGGACUUGGGUUCUGCUGGGUGGGUGGACAGGCGGGAAUCAGGCUCUCCCCUUGUCCCUGGCAUGCCUGGCCACGCGCUGCCCUGUGCAGUCCCUCCCGGGCCCAGCCCACUCCUCACAUCCUCGGCCCAGUGGGGAAUUUGGGGAAAGUUCCUUUGAAAGGGCAGCGGCUGAAACAGACACUUCCCUGAGAUUUUCUCACUGAUAUCACAUGGCUUUGCAGCUUUGAACUCCUGACUGUUUUGUCUGGGUUUAUGUAACUGUGGGCAAUGACCCUGAAAUUAGUGAGGAACAAAAGGCCAAGUUAUAUGGUCACCCCUCCCCUCCUCCUGUUUCUCCCCCCUCCCCCACCUCCUGUCUUUCCCCACCCCCACCCCAGCUUGUGAAAAGCAGCCUGGCCACAUCUGGCUGCUUGCUUUUUCCAGGGUUGCAAGGUGAUCCAAUCAAGGACAUAAAGCACAAGGUCACCUUCUGUAGUCCUGUCCUCGGGAAGGUGAGGACUUAAGUGGGGGUGGGGAGGGGUUAUUUUAGGGGGUGAUUGACAAGCACAAGUAACCCCUCCUGGGUGCAGACUUGCCAAGUCUGGGCACAGCCCUAACUGUGAGUUUCGGUUGAGGUUAGAGAACCCGGCAGCCACACACCCAGAUCUGGGGUCAAGGUUGGGUUUGGAGACUUGGAAGAGAAAAAGUUCCACUCCCCUCUCUCCUCCUUACCAGAAAGAACACAGUCUUGUGUGCUCAAGCUCUCCAGAUAAAGACAUUUUAUACAUACUAUAGAUAAGACUUUGGCAUAGACUAAUAACCAAAACCAAAAAUAUUCUCAAUGCAGUGACCUCUUGUCAAAACCUCUUUCUGUGCAUGUGGAUGGCACUGAGGCAUGGAGCACUCUGAAAAUGGGUCAUUUCCCCAUUCUGGAGCUCAGGGAACCUGGUGUCACAAAUUCAUCUCCAAGAGACAAAAAAUAUCCUCCUGCACACACACAAAAAUCUCGGGGUCUCUAAGCGACCAGACCUUGGUGUGGAGGCAAGAAGUGAGGCCAAGGGAUAUUUCUUGGAGAAGUUCUAAUGGUGCAGUAAGAACUCCCCUUUAGCGGUUUCACAGAAGGCCUGGCUCGAGGCAGAUGAAGUGAGCAAUCACCUGGAGAGGUGGAAAUAAGAACUACCCGGCACCCCGCCCUCUGGGCUGAUUGGCGGCGCGCUGGCCCUGUCUCGGGAGCCUACAGCGCCCCCUGGUGUUUAGCCAAGCACAAGACGCAGUCCUCAGUGGCAGCCUCAGUUUCCCCGGGGAAUCCGCCCUGGGGAUCUGUUUCCCAGGCUGGUGGUGUCUGGAGUGUGGGUGAGAGUGUUUUCCGAGGGAGUCCCCACCUGCUUUAGAUGUGUGAAGUCUUGUCUUCAUCCCCGUUUGCCUUUUGGCCUUGGCACAUGACUUGGUUCCGAGUUUGGUUCUGAACUCACAAGCAGAUGCAUUUCGCUCUCUUCAUAUUCUUGGACGGGGCCGCGGUCGGGAGCUGUGAAGUUCUGUGAGGUUUCCUUUGAAUGCACCUGAUUUAGAAAUGGUUGAAAUAAAGCACUUUCCACA